UGCGUCAGAUUACUUCUCUGACGCGAAUGCAAGCUAGUUUAAAGAGGAAAGUCAAACAAUAAAAAAACAAUUCUGAAAUGAGGAUGGCCGUGUUGGCAAAUCACAAACUUUGGAGAUCCGUGGAUUAUUGCAAAUCGGUUCUUUUACCACUGGACAAGCAGCACAGAGUGACAGACAGACUCAUGACAUCCUAACUACGGUCUGAAGGUGUUUCUCAGUCAAGUGAGCAGCAAUGGAUUCGCUGUAUAUCGCUAUUGAGCUGGUGAUCGCCGUCCUGUCAAUCGCCGGUAAUGUGCUGGUGUGCUGGGCUGUGGCCAUCAACUCCACUCUCAAGAACGCCACCAAUUACUUUCUGGUGUCUCUAGCCGUGGCAGAUAUUCUGGUUGGAUGUCUUGCCAUUCCUUUUGCCAUUACAAUAAGCAUUGGUCUGCACUCAGACUUUUACGGAUGCCUUUUCCUGGCGUGUUUUGUUCUGGUACUGACUCAAAGUUCAAUAUUUAGUCUUCUGGCGGUUGCCAUCGACAGAUAUCUGGCUGUAAAAAUCCCCCUGAGGUAUAAAGAGCUUGUCACAGGGAAAAGGGCAAGAGAGAUCAUUGCUAUUUUAUGGAUCUUAUCCUUCAUCAUUGGACUCAUCCCAUUCGUGGGCUGGAAUCGUAAAGACUUGGCCUGUUCCAGAAACGAAAGCAACUUUACACAGACUAGCAAUAGCAGUGACGCCGCUGAGAUGGAAACGAGCUUCUUGCAAAGCUGCUGCCUCAAGUGCUUCUUCGAGAAAGUGGUGGACAUGAGCUACAUGGUGUACUUCAAUUUCUUCGGUUGCGUGCUGCCACCUCUGCUCAUCAUGCUGGGCAUUUACGUCAAGAUCUUCAUGGUGGCACGGAAACAGCUGCGCCAGAUCGAGCUCAAAUGCAGCGUGAGUAACGGUGAGAAUCAGCACCACGGCCUGCUGCAGCGGGAGAUUCGUGCCGCCAAAUCGCUCUCCAUCAUCGUGGGCCUGUUCGCUCUCUGCUGGCUGCCCGUGCACAUCCUGAACUGCCUCACUCUCUUCUACAGCCAGCUGAAAAAGCCCGGCUUCAUCAUGAACAUCGCCAUCAUCCUCUCGCACGCCAACUCCGCCGUCAAUCCCAUCAUCUACGCCUACCGUAUCCGGGAGUUCAGAGUCACUUUUAGGAAGAUUCUGAAGCGCCAUUUCUUUUGUCGACGGGACGAGUUGUAUCGCAGCUCCAAUGGAAGCAGCUGUCACAGAGACCAGAUUACAAUGACUAUUGACCCUCUGCUUUAGACAUCUUCAUCAAAAUAUGAGAGAAAUGUUUACAGGCCAAAGAACUGCAAACGGCAUGAUCGUGUAUUGAGAUGGUGUCUAGCGUGGCCCACAAUUCAUGAAGACAUUGUGGACACAUUUUCAGAAUUUAACAUUGAACUGUGAGAAAAACAAAAAAGCCUCGGUCACUACAAAUCUGUGGAAAAAUGUAUAGAUUGCAUUUCCAAGCAGACUUUUGCAGCAGCUAUAGGUCAAGCCUUAGCGCAAGGAUUUGAAAGCUACGAGUGGUUGCUGGGCCUUUUGGAAGUGCUGAACGAUGAACUGAACCACGUAUGAGAAACCUACAUGAGGAUCCUGCAGAACAAUAAAAGAAUCAUUGUGGGCAGCUUUAGUCUGUAGAACAGCCCAGAGGAACCAUCUGGAUUCAUAAGGCACAUCGGAACACAAAGAAACCGUUUCUGAAUGCUUGAAUGUAUUAGGACCUUUUGUUGUUUUUUACAGUUGAGAUGGUUGGUUUAGACUGCUCAGGAACACACACGAGGUAAAAGCAAAUUUAAGAACCCAUAAUAGAAAGGAAAUCAUAAAACGAUUUUCUGUACAGCCAGUUAUGAAAAAUUACCCCAAUUUUCAUUACUUAAAAUGCACUGCUGAUGGUCCAUUCACAACUCAAUUAACCCAACAAGUUCAUAUCUGAAACCAGAAUGACUUCA